GCAGUCUGGCGGAGUUCCGUCGAGGAUUUUUGACCGAAACGCCCUCACCCGAAUAAAGGGUUUAACACACACAAACCUCACUUCUAGGGUUUCUCUGUACACAUCAAUUCUUCAUCAUCAUCUCCUAUAAUCAAAUCAAUGGCCAACGGAUUAAUGAAGCUUACCCGCUUCAUCUCUCCCUCUUCUCUCCUUCCCCGUCAAUGGCACCACUCCUCAUUUUCUCGUCUCGGCUCUCACGAAUUCCUCCAGACGGCUGAGGUGAUGAGGAGUAGUGGGAUGAAUGCUUCUAAAAGAGUUACUGUAAAUAUCAUUGACGAAGCAAAGAGUGGUUUACCGGAUACUUAUGCUACUUCUGUAAGGGAGCUUCUUGCUCCACUGAAGUCUGGCAUUUCCAAACAAUCCGCUGUGUAUGUGUGCGAUAUUCCAAAGGCUGCACUUGGAGGUAUGCCUGUUUUAUCUAGAUGGCAGGAUGCAAGGGCAUCUGUUGUUAAUUUUUCAACCUUAGGUGUCACCAGUAGAUGUGAUACGAGUGCUAGAGGGCCGUGCUUUGCGAGGUUUAUGUCAUCAAAAUCUUCAGAGAAACGUGGACAAACUGAAUCUGAGAGCAAAAAAGAAAUAUCAACAGUGGAGGAUCCAUUUGAUGCUCCUACAUAUAAUAUACCAGAGAAGCCUGUUACAUUUGCCGAGGGAGCUUCCUACAGUUUUAUCAUCCUUGCAGGGCUUGGAGUGGCAGCAGCUGCUGGAUAUGCAGUUUUUAAGGAGCUUAUAUUUCAACCAAAAGAGUAUAAGAUCUUUGACAAGGCUCUUAAAAGGAUUCAAGAUGACAGCCAGGUUAGAGUAAGGAUUGGUUCCCCUAUAACUGGCUAUGGGCAAGAAACUAGAAAUCGAGCUGCUCGCCAACGUAUCCCUAAUAGGGUAUGGACUGACGAAGAUGGUGUAGAGCGUGUAGAGGUGAACUUUUACAUCCGUGGGCCCCAUGGAGCUGGGAAAGUUUAUACUGAGAUGUUCAAGGAUCAAGUGGACAAGCAGUGGAAGUUUACAUACUUAAUCGUCGAGGUGAAAUCACCUUCUCCGGCCCAAUUGAUCCUAGAAUCUUAUAUGCCUGCCUGAAUUUUGUGCACAAACCAAUUCGCUCAAGAUUUUGUAUUGAAUAAUAACUGUUCUUUGAAUCAUAAUCAUCUCUUGUUUAUAAUAUUUCUCCUUCCUCUCGCCCCCAUUUAAACUUUGGACUCAGUUAGGCUAAUUUUUUCGAGUUCAAUAUUUCUAACCAUUACCUCCUCUACUCCUAGCGAGAGUUCCAUUCCAAUAAGUAAUACUCAAUCAACUUGCUUCCACUUGAUUCAACAACUGAGUCAGGAAGUUUUGCCCAUUGGUGAUUGUUGAAUUCUCUCUUGAGAGGUCAGAUUUGUUCUUUUCAUCUCUCUUGUUUACGUGCAAAGUCCUAGAUUUUCUGUUGUGACUGUAUGAAACUUACACCCACUUUGUUAGAUCUACAGCAUGGAAUCAACUGGAAGGUAUGGAAUUUAUUUA